AUGCGGAUAAUAUUGGUUUGUGUGGUGUUUGGAGCGGCAUUAGCCAGAGAGGGCGACUGGCAACCGAUUCUGCAGGAUUCUCCGCUUGUCUACUCGGCGUAUGCUAAAUCUGCAGAAAGAUUGCUAAAUGCAGGCCCUUCAUUAAAAAUACUUAAUCGAAAACCAACAUAUAACAAACAGCCUGGAUUACUGGGAAGUAUUCCAUCUGGUUCCGACUCCUGUAGCGUUUACAAGGUGUCAAUGAAUCAAGAACUGUUCUACCAAUACGUCGAAUAUCAGACAAAACUUCCCAAUCUCAAGGAGUUCACGCUCUGUCUGUGGACUAAAUUCCAUAAUCACACUGAGGACCAUCCGCUGUUUUCCUAUGCUGUUGGAGACAGUCCGAAGGAGAUCUCUGUGAUGGUAUCAAACACAAAAGAGGCUAGCUACUUCAGCACGGCAGUGCAUGGACAAACAUAUUUCAGACUCAACUAUCCGCUGAAGCUUAAUACUUGGUAUCAUUCAUGCCAGUCUUGGAACGGAAAAACUGGCGAAUGGCAAAUUUGGGUAAACGCUGAACGUGUUGGCAGAGGCUUUCAUAAUAGGCUUGUCGGUCAUGUCAUAAAGGGUGGCGGUACUAUUGUCAGUGGACAAGAGCAAUCUUUGUUAUACACAAAAGACGGCUCGGAGCCAAUUCUAAAACAGUCAGGAUUGAUUGGAGAAAUUACUAUGCUGCAAUUGUAUAAUGUUGCGCUCACGGCUGGCAAAGCUCACAGAGACCAUAAGCAUCAUCACGCGCAUCAUUUUAAGCACGAUGGCACAGCGCUUGAGGCUUCAACUCAAGCCGCUACAGAGCCACCACCACCGCAAGCGACGCCUAUUGGCAAUGGAAACUUUUUGAUUGGAGGUCAACUGCAAAGACCUGCCAACCUCAACUUGGCCCGUCCUACACAACAAACAGUCCCUGUUCAGCUUCCGAAUGGUAUACAGCUUCAACAGGAGUACGCUAAUGGCCAAUUUGGCAACCGAUUAGUAUCCGAGCAACUUCUCAACCACAUUCAACCAGUGUCCACAUUAAAUCAAAUAAAUGGAAACAUUCCUUCUCCUUCAAUACCUGUUGCUGGUCUAACUGUGAGUCAAAUUGGGCAAGGUCAAAGAUAUGAAACUAGGCCAUUUGGACAAUCAAAGGGAACUUCUGUAGUCCUUUCAGGAUCUCUGAUAAAUCCGGCUAAUGUUCAAUACAUAGACGAUACUUCUGGACACAAUGUUUUUAAGAGAGACUCAAAAAAACGCGAUAAAAGAGAUAACCCUGAAAUAGAACUCGCGGAAGAAUUAAGCGGCGCUAGAAAAGAUAAACGAGGCCUUGUAGCGCUGUCGGACGGGUCUAUUGUUGACGAAGCUCUAUUGAGCUCGGAUUUACUCGAUGAAACAGACGAUGAUGUUCUAUUCCAACAAUCUUUGCUUGAUGGACUUGCUGGGGUAGUUGGAAAUCUACCCGUACAAAACUUGCAAAGAGCAAGUGUCGACGAUAGAGAGCCUGCGGAGGCUGAAGUCAAGGCGGUAAUGCAAGUAUGCAGCGGAUGCACUCCGGAACCCUUUAAGAAGGCACUUGUUCUUUCCUGGAGAAGUACAUCGAAAAAACUUUUUAGCGGCGCUCAUUACUACAAAGGCCUGCCGAUAUGUCGAGCAUUCUAAAUUGUUAUCUUCCAAAAAAAGUCAAGUUACUAGUUAAUUCUGGCAGUUGAGCGAAUUGUACAACGGGCAACUUCCAUUUUCAGUUUAUACCGUUAUUUUUUUAGGAAUAAGUACUAAACACACGACUUUAAUUUUCUUUUUUGGGUUCUUAUUAAGAUUUGUUGCUUUACGACCCAAAAGUAUUAAUAUUCUGCUUAAGAUAAGUAAAUUUUG